UCUUUGUCUUCUUCUUCUUCUUCACUGUCCCGCUCAAGCACGUGCGGUUGUUGGAUCCAUAUGCGGCGGAAGGAUUACCGGGCCGUGUUGGUUAUGCAUGGAGGCAUUACCCUAAUAAUUAUUGAUGAACGAGUGUCAUGGAGUGGAAGAUGAUUGGGAAGCGCACAAUGUGACGAGUCGCAAAAGCCCCGAGUCCCUCUUCUGGCCUCCUUUCAAUCAAUCACGCCCUCUCACACACAGACACACACACACCCACGAGACCAACAGAUCGGCACGGGACAUCGCCAAGCAUCUCACCUCGGCGCGGCAGUGGCCGUGUUGCCGAGCUGUGGCUUGACGUUCCAUCGAGCACCUCGUGUGCAGCGG